CGAGACCAGCCGGCUGUGUCUGUCAACACAUGUACUGUGGACAGCGAAAUACCUAAAAUAAACCUCACAUCACAGCCCAGCGUAGGUGAUAAUUUUUCUAAUGACCGGCCAUGGAUGAUGAGGACAGCCAGGAUGAACUCAUUAACAAGAAGGCAUACAUAGGCAAAGGCAGAAGACGAAGUGCCACCAUACUCAGUGACGAAGAUGAAUUUAGUGAUGAAGAUAUGGAUGAGUUUGAAGGAGGAGACACAGAAAGUGAAGAGGAGGAUAGUGAUGGUGAAGAUGGUGACGAUAUAGAUGAUUAUGAUGAUGAUGAGGAAGAAGAGUAUAGUGACGAUGUUGAAGAAGAUGAGAUUAAAGGAGCAGAGAAGGAGGGGGCAGUCGGAGGGAAAGAGGCUAAGUUUGUUGGCCCGAGUUUGGACGAAGAUGCUGAAAACUGCCCCAUCUGUCUCAACACUUUCCAGGAGCAGGCCUUGGGAACUCCGGAGAGCUGUGCACAUUAUUUCUGUCUCGACUGCAUCUUAGAGUGGUCGAAAAAUGCUAACUCAUGCCCUGUGGACAUCUAUACAGACAUCUGUAUGAGAUCCUGCUUUGGAGGGAAAAUCCUCAAGAAGAUUCCUGUUCAGAAUCAUGCUGCUGCCAAUGAACUGGCAGAGGAGGACCACACACAGUGUGAGGUGUGUGGCAGAAGUGACAGAGAGGACCGCCUUCUCCUCUGUGAUGGGUGCGAUGUUGGGUACCACAUGGAAUGCCUUAACCCCCCACUGAAUGUAGUUCCAGUGGAGGAAUGGUUCUGUCCUGAAUGCGCUGUUCAAAAUGCACCUCAUGGUGCAGCAGUAGCAGUGGAAGAGGUGAGUGGGGAAGAAGUGGCCACCCUAGUGGCUGAUGCAGUGCCCAUCACCAGCCGACUGCACACCAAUACAGGGAGGACACGAGCCAUUGCCAGGACUCGUCAGAGUGAGAGGGUCAGAGCCUCCGUCAACAGGAUCAGGAUCACACAGGCUCAGACAGCACAGCAGGUAAGAAAGGACACAACUGCAUGGUCCCGUAUUGCUAAAAACCUGGGGAUUGGUAAGCCACUUCAUGGGGUGUCAGUUCCAUCUGUGUACAGACAAGUGGAUGCUAGCUUGGGAGGCAUGAGGUCAGAUAUUGGAGCUGCACCCCUGUCAGUCUAUGGAAACCCAUUUCGGCUGGAUUCAUUUGAUGACAGGCAAGUAUCUAUGUUUAAAUCACAAUUCUUUACCUUUUUAUUUAUUUAGUGUCAUGUAAAAAUGUAGUUCUCAUGAGGGACUGACAGCAUAGGAAACUGAAGAGCCCCCUAUGCAGAGGUUAGAGGUCCCCAUGCAUUAACUACAGGGCCUCUUUCAAACCUGUACUCUGAUGGGUUUCCACUGAUAAUUUCUUGAAAGAUCAGAAUACUAAACAGGCUAACAACAGUAGGUUAGAUUUUUUAAAGCUUUCAGAGUAAAGGUUUUUAUUCAGGGUAUGCUAUUUUCCAGUGCUGCUGGGGGGUGGGGUGGGGGGUGGUGUGCGUUCAUAAGUGAUGUGAAGAACAGACCAGUGCUGUUGUAUGUCCUUCUAAAAUGGAGCAAUUUGCUGUUUUUAAUUUUAUGUUGAUAAUAAAACAAAGCGGUGGAAUUUAUAUACGGCUACAGGGCCAUUUAUUACCCACAAUGUUGGUGGUCGUCAUUUACAAUCACAUUUACCUGCAGUUAAUGCUUUUUUUCUCACAGCAGCACUACAAAGUGGUACACAGACUUUGUAGCCACCAUGUAUAUGUGGAUUGUUCUUAUUGACUUAGUCAUAUUUUAUGAAAUUCUAAUUAUUAAUGUGUUUUACAGUGCAUAUAAAAAAGAUGGAGCGGGCUUCCAAAUGGCGCAUCCGGUAAAGGAGCUCCAUGUGGAGUGCAGGAUGCGCCCUAUAGCCUGGACGUCACCGUUUCGAGGUUCCAGGCUAUUCCAUUGCCAACCAUGGACAGCAGCUCCCAGGGGGAGAAUUGGCACAAUUUGCCAAGCGUCGCUCUGGUGGGUGGGGGGGUAGGACUUAGGUCGGCUAGGGGUCCACAGGCGGUGCUUCAUGGCCCAGGCAAGCCUCUUUUUGUUACUGCCACUCGACUGUCAAAC